AGUUAGGCAGUUACUAGUUACAGGCAGUUUUAUGACAGUUUCCAACAGAUGUGUUGGUUAGAAACUGUUGUGUCUAUUUGUAAUGGUUGUGUUGUUUAGUCCUCUAUUUAUAUGUAUGGGCACAUUGUUCUGGACAGCAGUUCCACAAUAAAAACACACUGUUUCUAUACUUUAGAUCUGUCAUUAUUUCUCUCAAAGCAGACGGGUGCAGCAGCGGAAGAAGGUGAGGUCAGGCCAACAUUCUCCGGCACUAAUCGACAUCAAAACAUACAUUCCAGGGACAUCAUUACAAAUCCAGCGAUGCAGCGGCAUUCAUUAUCUAGGUGUCAAGGCUAGAACCAAAAAUAUAGAACAAAUUGAGCUCCACUUGGAAUCGAGAGACAAGCGACAGUGCAACAGUCACCGAUAGCCACCUAGAGCUUAACCAGUGCAGAUCAAACAACAUCAACUAAAGCCAACUAAGUUGUAAAUCCAACACCAAAACAGGAAUCAAAAGUUUGGUCUCUUUGGAGGAUGGGGGACUGAGGAAAGACUGCUACGUAGCAUUUCUAUGCAUUAAAUGAACUCAAUGUACAUUCAUGAUUGUGAAGCUGAUUAGUACAAGGAUUGGAUUGAAGUCAGUGAACUCAUUAUUUGUUCAACUGGAGUCUGGAGUAUCAAUGUAUCAAUGUCGGACUUUCGUUUUCUACUUAGUGUACUUUGCAUAUAAUGUUUUGAAACCUUGUUUAUUGUAAUAAGAAUUUCUCUUUUUG